AGCUCCGGGAGGACGAAAACCAGGGCCUGAGCUGCCUGAGCUGCCGGGGCACUGGGCCUUCAGGCCAGCUCCCCAGGGAGCCCGGGGCAGCCGCGCUCCCAGCCCUCCUCCCUGGAAGGAGACACCACGGAGCCCAGCCGUGAUUUUCCUGCAGCUGGCGCUGGGGCCCCAGCUCUCUCCAUCCAGCCACGGGGCUGAGCAGCUCCUUGGACCCUGCCCCUUCCAGGUGACACCCCGGGAAGACAGAGCGGGGCCCACGUCUCAGCCACCCCUCCCAGACAAGAGGAAACAACUUCUGCUGCGUAAAACUUAGAUUUUCCUUUUGCAUCAAACUCCGGCAGCUGAGCAAGAUCUGCCGAACCCUAUAGGGUUUCAUUUUUCACUUGAUUGGUGUUUGAGAGAAACUGCAAGGAGUGGGUGGCAGCAGGAAGAAACGAUAUAAACUUCGGGGCGGGGACAUUUUCUUGGAAGUGACAAGUGGCCUCAGACCUACAGUUCCCGGACCGGCGACGUCAUCCUUCCCUCGGACACUCUGAAGGGUCUGGACUCUGUCAUAUGACCAACGCCAAAGACCCCAGAGGAGCCAUGGAAUCCACGCUGGCGACGUCCAAUUCUGCCUCCGGCCCUGUCACCUUCUCCCAUGUCUUCGGUCAGCAGUGCCAACUGAUGGAAGCAGCGGUGCAGUCAUUGCACACACUCAAUGACCAGAUAUCCCAUUUUAUUGUUACCAAGUCAAAGGCGCUGGAGGAGGACAAAGACCCCUUUCUACCCGCUGAGAAGGAGACUCUGAAAAGUUCCAUGAUGCUGAUGAGGCAUCUCCUCAUGGAUGCUCAGGCCAAAAUCCUGAGCAUGAUGGAAGACAAUAAGCAGCUCGCGCUCCGCAUCGAUGGGGCGGUCCAGUCCGCCAGCCAGGAGGUGACCAACCUGCGAGCCGAACUCACGGCCACCAACCGGAGACUGGCGGAACUGAGCGGAGGCGGCGGUCCCGGCCAGGGCCCGGGAGCGGCCACCAGCGCCUCGGCGGCGGCGGACUCGGCGGCAACGAACAUGGAGAACCACCAGCACGGCGCGCAAGUGCUCCUGCGGGAAGAAGUAUCUCGGCUCCAGGAGGAAGUCCAUCUUCUCCGGCAGAUGAAGGAGAUGUUGACGAAGGACCUGGAGGAGUCGCAGGGCGGCAAGUCCUCUGAGGUCCUCUCUGCCACCGAGCUCAGGGUGCAGCUGGCCCAGAAGGAACAGGAGCUAGCCAGAGCCAAAGAAGCCUUGCAGGCCAUGAAAGCCGACCGAAAGCGCUUGAAGGGUGAGAAGACGGACCUGGUGAGCCAGAUGCAGCAGCUGUACGCCACGCUGGAGAGCCGCGAGGAGCAGCUCCGUGACUUCAUCCGCAACUACGAGCAGCACCGCAAGGAGAGCGAGGACGCCGUCAAAGCUCUGGCGAAGGAGAAGGACCUUCUGGAGCGUGAGAAGUGGGAGCUGCGACGCCAAGCCAAGGAGGCCACGGACCAUGCCACGGCGCUGCGCUCCCAGCUGGACCUCAAGGACAACCGGAUGAAGGAGCUGGAGGCUGAGCUGGCCAUGGCCAAGCAGUCCUUAGCUACGCUGACUAAGGACGUCCCCAAGCGGCAUUCACUCGCCAUGCCCGGCGAGACCGUGCUCAACGGUAACCAGGAGUGGGUGGUACAGGCGGACCUCCCGCUGACCGCGGCCAUCCGGCAGAGCCAGCAGACGCUCUACCACUCGCACCCGCCCCACCCCGCAGAUCGGCAAGCGGUCAGGGUGAGCCCCUGCCACUCCCGGCAGCCCUCUGUCAUCUCCGACGCAUCUGCUGCAGAAGGCGACCGGUCAUCCACACCAAGUGACAUCAACUCCCCUCGACACCGGACACACUCCCUCUGCAACGGCGACAGUCCCGGCCCAGUUCAGAAGAACCUGCACAACCCCAUUGUACAGUCACUAGAGGAUCUUGAAGACCAAAAACGGAAAAAGAAGAAAGAGAAGAUGGGAUUCGGCUCCAUCUCCCGCGUCUUCGCCAGAGGGAAGCAGCGGAAGUCCCUCGACCCCGGCUUGUUUGAUGACUCGGACAGCCAGUGCAGCCCCACGAGGCAGAGCUUUAGCCUAUCAGAGGGCGAGGAGCAGAUGGACCGGCUGCAGCAGGUGGAGCUGGUCAGGACCACCCCCAUGUCCCACUGGAAGGCCGGCGCCGUGCAGGCCUGGCUGGAGGUGGUCAUGGCCAUGCCCAUGUACGUCAAGGCGUGUGCGGAGAACGUGAAGAGCGGGAAGGUGCUGCUGAGUCUGAGUGAUGAGGACCUGGAGCUGGGCCUGGGUGUGUGCAGCUCCCUGCACCGACGCAAACUGCGGCUGGCCAUCGAGGACUACCGUGAUGCCGAGGCAGGCAGGAGCCUUUCCAAAGCUGCUGACCUGGACCAUCACUGGGUGGCCAAAGCCUGGCUGAAUGACAUCGGCCUGUCCCAGUACUCCCAGGCCUUCCAAAACCACCUGGUCGAUGGGCGGAUGCUGAACUCCCUGAUGAAGCGGGACCUGGAAAAACACCUGAACGUGUCCAAGAAGUUCCACCAGGUCAGCAUCCUGCUGGGGAUCGAGCUACUGUACCAAGUAAACUUCAGCAGGGAGGCCCUCCAGGAGCGCCGGGCCCGAUGUGAGACGCAGAACACAGACCCCGUGGUCUGGACCAACCAGCGCGUGCUCAAGUGGGUUCGAGAUAUUGACCUGAAGGAGUACGCAGACAACCUGACCAACAGCGGCGUCCAUGGCGCCGUGCUGGUGCUGGAACCCACGUUCAAUGCCGAGGCCAUGGCCACCGCCCUGGGCAUCCCCAGCGGGAAGCACAUCCUCCGGAGACACCUGGCAGAGGAGAUGAGCGCCAUCUUCUACCCGGCCAACUCCACAGGCAUCCGGGAGGCGGAGCGUUUUGGAACACCUCCUGGGAGGGCCUCCAGCAUCACCCGGGCGGGGAAGGAGGACAGUGGUGGUAUCAAGUACAAGACUGGCCGGCUGCCUCUGGGGAAAAUAGGAAGGGGCUUUAGCGGCAAAGACCCCGAUUUCCAUGAUGACUACGGCUCUCUUCAAAAUGAAGAUUGUGGAGACGAUGACCCCCAGGGCAGGCCAGAGCAGUGCCGUCUGGAAGGCUACAAUGGCCUGGAGGUCACCAACGUGUAACCGAUGCUCUGCCAGACCCAACAUGGAGACACACAUGGAAGCAGAGUAGCCAGAUGCCACCACCACUGUACAUAGUGACCUCAGGCUGAGGAUCUUCCUUUACCGCUGGAAAAAAAUCCCAGCAGACUGCUGCAAUUUCAGAUGGGAGCACAAGAAACGAGGGGGUGCCAGCCGUGGACUUGCUACCCAACGGAGGGAGACUGGUCCAGAGGACUUGUCACAGCCCCUCUGUCAUUCAGGCUCCACCUCAGAGUGACUGUCAGUCGUGGAGCAGUCCAAGUGGUCCCGGAGACUUGACUUGAGCUGCCAAGGAGGAGAGAGGUCCAUGAGUCCCCAAAAUACCCUCCCAGGGGAGCAGGUGGGACUCCAACCAGACACGCAGAGCCCAAUAGAGACAGUGCUCAGAGCAGGCAAAGUCUAAAGCUGACCAGUCGACUCGUGGACCCUUUGUGCCAGCAGGGUGGCAAGAAGUGCUGCCUCUUGCUGAAAUGUCAGAUGGAAGGAGAUCUCGGCUCCAGCAUCCCUGUCACCAUGGCUGAGAACUUGGGUUCUCUGUUGGGGGGUCCCUGAAUCUCUCUUGAGAGAAUGCAAAAUGGGGAGGUCAUUUCCUCCACCCUAAAAGCCAUGUGUCACGUAGAGGUGGACAUGUUACAGGGCCCCUUCCUCCCAGGAGAGGCUACAUGGGGUAGGGGCAGGUGAUUGAUCCAUGCCAGGUGGGGUUAGCAGUGACAUUCCCAGGAAACGCAGAUGUUCUGUCAUCAGGAUAAAGGAUAGCGUGAUGACAGGAACAGAGAUGACUGAGUUAGGUCUGUGACAACUGUACCAAUGGUGGCAGUGGACUUGGGAUUAGGGACAGGAAAACGCUUGUCACGGUUAACCCAACAAACCUUUGCUGUGAGGUCUCUGAAACAGGCGUGCUCAGCAAUGUCCUAACUGAGAUGAAUCUCAUCGAGCAAAGUCGUUAAGAUGGUGGCGAGAACCCCCAGCCCUUUUCUUGCCCCUGCCAGUGUUUUGCUGUGUGGCUUCUUCUCAAUGGCCUCACCUCUCUGUGCCUCAAUGUCUUCAUCUACAAUACUUCUGGUUCCCUCCCAGGGACACUGUGAGGAUUAACACUUGCUAAUGUCUGUAACACGCUUUGUAACCUCUCAGGAGACAGGUGGGAAGUGAUGGGGUGGGGGGUGGGGUGGGGGCUAAUUUCUCAUUGACAACAUAGCACUGACAUUGUUUUCUCCAACUCUGUUAUGCUUGGAGCAAAAGGAGGACAAAGAAUGUUUAACGCUGAGAUUCUCUAGAGCCCCCAACAGGGCUUGACCAAAAAUAGAGAGAGAUCCCACGUGCACAGCCCUUAAAAACCAGUUCGAUUCAAGUGUUCUGGCUUGAGUUCAUUGACCUCCAUGCUGAGUGGUCAUUCGGGAAGGACAGAAUGCACUGGGGUCGUACUUAACACUUCGGCUACCAAAGCCAAUAGUUUGUUGGAACCGCUGUACUCGACUUCCAUCGAAGCCAUUUGUACCGAGAGUCAAGGAGAGGUUCGAAUUUCUGAGACUCGCAGCAGGUGUCAGCCUCAAAGCACAUGUAUGUCAACCGAACACGUUGCUUCCCCUCACGAGGAGCUUGAGAAUUCCCCCCCAAUGCCGAGACCAUGGUGUUCUAACUGCCACAUAAGCACAGCCUUUCUUACCCCAAGGAACCAAACGCCUAGUGGGUGGAUGGCCCCGUUUCGUCUGAAUGUUUGGCCUCCUAGGGACCCAUCUCUGAUUCUAGGGCCAGAGGGGUGAGGCUCCGCUAUCCGCCUUGGCUUGGCUGAGGUUCCAAACCCCAGAAUCUCUAUGACAUUCAGCCGCAAGGGGCCUGAAGCUGCAGCGCCUGCAGCCCAGAGAGGGAGGAAAACCCCCUACUAGCCUGGUGCCAUGGGCCAUUCCCAAGCCAGCAUCCAGGCUGGCUGACCCGGGACCCCAGGAUCUGCCUCUCAGGAAGCAGUUACUCCCGCAGGGUGAGCAAGAGUGUCAGGGGGUACCAGCAUGCGGAUCUAAUUAUUUGAAACCAGCAUUCACCUGAGUUGUCAGAAAUGAAGCUCACCUUGUUCCCUGAUUCAAUCCCGUUGGGGACAAGAUGGGCAAGCAGACAGUUGGGGGUCACUGGUAGGGGUGGCAUGGCCCAAAACUUUGCAGCAUCAGGCUGGGAGGCUGAGGGCGAGGUGGGCAGCCUCGAAUACACUUGUUGGCCCGAACGAUACCUAACCUCACAUUCUCUCCUCCCUAACGCUUGUGUCCCCGGCAGGUAGGUGAGCAUUUGGAGCUGGCUUUUCAACAUGAGGACAGAUUGGUUGAUAAAUUAACAAACUCCACAUGGAGUCAGUUCAGGUGGGCUUUGCCUGCUGGAAAAAUUCUAAAUGUCAACACUGCUUCGAGGGUGGACAAGAGCAGGGGGUGCAGAAAGACCUAGCAGAGAGAGUCUGGUAGCUGAUUGACCAAGCUGGCAGAGUGACCAUCUCCAAAUCACUGACCUGCCACGUCCUGUCCAAACAGCCCGAGUCAUGGUCUUGGUCCUUAAAGGGUGACAUGGCACCUGGACCUGGGCACCAUACAAUGUGCUUCUCUGAAAGGUGGUGUUGGCCAAGCCUGAGGGUGCUGGCUCCUUGAAAAGGGAUGUUUGAUGCCAGAGGUUGGGGAGAACCAUGGCAAGCAGAGGCAUCCCCUGGUCCUCCCAAAAGCUGGGGUCCGGAGCUAUCAGAAGCCUCUUGGUUGGCAGACUCAGCUUUCUGACCCAGACGCCCCUGAAAGACCGCUUUGUCCUUGGCUGAGCAGAGGUUUUCUCCCAGAAACCUGUCUGUUAGCAUUACAGUCACGGGACCCCAGGCGGCAGAAGGCAGGGAGAAGCCACAGGAGAACGUGACCAAAUGAAGUCGGGGACACAGCUCAGCCAGCACGGAGGGGUCUCAGAACAAUGACCCCAAAUCUUGCGGUCACUGAACAGCGCUGGGUCUGGCAGCAGGGGAUAAUUUGGGCAAUCUGUGGUGUCAGUGCUCCCUGCAGGGGCACCCAAACCACUCUACUCCUCCAAGUCCAGCUCUCCCCAGCCUGUCAAAACCCACAUGUUCUGGACACCAUCACAUCUGCGCUGCUCUUCGAGGCCCCAACAACUUCCUGGCAGUUGAGUGGUGAGGAAAAAAACACUCCGUGGGAGAUAACUUCUGAAUCUAACAUUAUUGCCGAUGGUUGGCAGGAGAGAGGAAUUUCCUGAGCCCUCCCACAUCGGGGGUGGGGUUCGUGGCUGCAAAGGAAAUGAGUUGUCCAGGAGCGAAGACGAUGUCCCUCGCCGUUAGUCUCUGGUCAUGGCCCUGAAUGUCUUCCCCAGAGUGAAUUUUAACACUGUAACAAUAAAUCCUACUGCG